AUGAUUAAACUUUUGGCAUCUUACAAUGAAAAAGUUGCAGAUGUUGUUCUAAAGAAUGCUCAUUUGACAGCCAAUCUUCAACGAGGGUAUAAUGAAUUGUGUUCAGUACUUGAAAAAAUUCGUAGUGAAGGAUCAAAUUACUCUCAAAGAGAAGAUGCUACUGCAGCUUAUAAGAUGAUCACUUCUUUUGAGUUUAUCUUUAAUUUACUUUUGAUGAAGGAGAUCAUGGGCAUCACUGAAAUUCUUUGUCAAGCAUUACAACAAAAAUCUCAAGAUAUUUUGAAUGAUAUGCAAUUAGUUUCAAGUACAAAGGAACUUAUUCAAGAAUUGCGAGAUGAUGGUUGGAAAAGAAUACUUGAAAGUGUUGUUAAUUUCUCCAAGCUUUAUGAAAUAGAUAUUCCAAAUCUUGAUGCUCAAUAUAUUGAAGGUCGUGGCCAUCGACAACAUGAUCAAAUAACUAUUGAGCAUCACUAUCAUUUUGAUAUCUUUAAUUCAACAAUUGACUUUCAAUUACAAGAGUUAGAUAGAAGGUUUACUGAGCAAACAAUGAAACUUUUAUCACUUAGCUCUUCAUUAGAUCCAAAGAAUGGUUACAAAGCAUUUAAUGUUGAUGAUAUUUGUAGCCUUGCAGAGAAAUAUUAUCCUCUUGAUUUUUCUGAGUAA